AUGGUCUUUGUAUUCACAGUGUUGGCGUCCGGCACAUUCACCGUCAAGUGGCUCGACGUAGAUACCCUUGUGAGGUACAAAAUCUACAACAACUACGAAGUGCAUGCGGAUUUCACCUCCAAUGCUCGGUCCUACACGUUCAAGCUGCUCGCGUGGAAAAAAACAAAAGAGGGAACCAAAGAUCCUUAUAGGUCGUUCAACAGAUUCGCUCAGUUUGCGUUGGACGCUUUCGCAGACACCACAUUCGCGUUCGGCAAGUACCAGGCAAACGAGAGCGGUGCACCAAAAUACGAGUGGGGAACCAAAGAAGUCAUUACACUCCUGAAAUACUCCACCCGCGAGGUCUUUAUUUGUGCAGAAACGAUCGCCCGAACGUACCAGCGUAGCGUGCUCGACUACGCGAUCUACAGUAGGCUGCCAGAUAUCAGCCUACUGUACCAUCGCGACUACUCUGAGUACAGAGCUCCGGUCAAUUAUGCUCAGUACAUUCAUCUCGUCGCAUGCCACGCCCUGGUCCACGGCAACUAUCUUGGUCCCGCUGUGCAUCCUUCUGUGGUCGAGUACGCAAUCAAUGAACCCAGCUAUCGCGGGGAUGCAAGUCUGAUGAAGAUUACGGAUGAUCAAAGCGAGCAACUGGGCAAGGCUGCCGAGAAUGGGGAGGAGGGGACAGCACAGAGUGGGGGGCUGGAGUUGGAGCUCGAGGCCGUGGUCAUCGUACUAAACUUCCUGAUCAACAUCCGCGGCUCGUACAAAGCCGCCGAGACAUUCCACGACAAAGCGUGAUGGGGCUCUCUCGCGCGCCGAUGGGAUUUUACGACGGCCAACCAAUCCGGAGGAUUAUUAAGCGCAUGACGGCCGACGUGCAGUCGUUGGAUUUGGAAUGGGGUGAUGAUACACAAUUUCGUGGCCAACGCCGUUAUGCUUAACCCUAAGACCAGGAAUGAACAUCGCUACCCGUCCUAUAGCUCGGGAAGGUCCAGGUCGUGUUCGCAACCAUGGUCAAGGCGUUGUAAGCGUACUCCCCAGCCGGUAUGGUGGAACUCGUGGGUACUGCAGGGGUACUUGCAUUCAAUGCGGGAAAAUGGGUCACUGGUGGUCUCCGACGUCGGCGCGAAGGCAACAUAAAGUGAUGCAAAUAAUGUUUGACCCUAAGUAUAUAUCAAUCACAUGGGGUCCUCGGGGAGCGAGGCAAAUAGAUUACUGAUUCUAUUCGCGCUAUCCUAUGCCUACUGCCUGCAGC